AUGUGGAUACUGCCGUUGCUUGGAUAUGUGGGUGUCAUUUUGGGCUUCGCCUUCUUGACGCUUGCCAUAGCUUCCGGCCUGUACUACCUCUCUGAGCUUGUGGAAGAGCAUACCGUAUUCGCAAAGAAGCUACUAUACCGACUCAUCUAUGGCGUGGUCGGCAUCCAAAUCUUGCUUCUAGUCGUCGAUCGGUUUCCAGUCGGACUCAGCGCGUUGAGCGUUGUGUCGCAUGUCAUUUAUGCGCAGAACCUCAGGCGAUUCCCCAUUGUCAAGCUCACGGACCCACUGUUCUUGGUCUCUUGCGCCCUCGUCAUCGCAAACCACUAUCUUUGGUUUCGUCACUUCAGCGCUCCGCCAGCAAACACAUACUCUUCGUACUCAUACUCCCGCGACGUCAACAUUCCCACCUUCACCGAGAUCGCAUCUUACUUUGGCCUAUGCGUCUGGCUAGUUCCAUUUGCCUUGUUCGUCUCCUUGUCCGCUGGCGAGAACGUUCUUCCCUCAAUGGGCUCCGAGUACGCGACUGGAGACGGUAGCAGCUACAUCAUGCCAGGAAAAGCACCAGAGUCGUUUGGCAGCGGGACGGGUAUCGGAGUUGGCGGAGUGAGCAGUGGGAUGGAGGGCAAGAGGAGGGCAAGAAGUGGAACAAAUGCGGGCAUGGCGAAGGCUGUUGUCACUGGCGUCAGGGAGUGGGUCGGAGAGACAGGAGAGGUCAUGGGAUUGUGGAAGGCUCUCUGCGGAUCGGUCGAGUUCCUACAUGCGUUUGCAUUUGCCUCCCUGAAAUCCCCACAAUUCGCGUCCUACUCUGAAAAAGAGAAAGACGAUAUCGCACACGAGACCUGCAAACAAACGAGCAGGUCACAAGUUUCUCCACCCCGUUUCCUGCCUCUGUUGCCUUUCGCACCAUGUCAAAGUUUUGGUUUGUUUGAAGCGAUCGUUCCUCAGUCAGCAUUCCUAAUGGAUAGCCUACUAUCUUUACCCACACCCAUGGCCACUCCGACGUCCCAGGUCAAGCCGCCACAGCUGCAGCGCGAUACUGCCUCUCUCCGACAGCCACCGGUUGAUCCGCGUAAUGCUUCCAAUCUUUUGCGUAAGGUUUUCAAGAAGGGCUGGGAUCCUCUACCCACAGCGCAAAACUUACAUACCGAGCACGCUGAGUUGUUGCUUGAUACGCCAAUUGGUCGCGACUUUACUCUGAUCACUGUUGCUGGUGUGGAGUUUCAGGUACAUUCCAUCAUGUUGAUUGGCGGCUCGAAGGCGUUGCAGGAGGGGCUAUUUCCAGGUGGUGCGAUGAGCCCUAACCGACCAAGUUGUGUGCAUUUGCCGGCUCACUUUCAUCCUAUCCUUGUAGACCGCAUUGUCAACUUCAUCUACACAUCAGACUAUAGGUUCAUUCCAGGCUCAGAAGGCGGCCAACUCAAGCAGACCACCUUCAAAUUCUAUCAUGCAACUCUCAUCCCGAACGAGAUUCCGCCCUCACCUGCCACAGUUGCCCUCGUUGGUAUUGCCGAAUAUGCAUACCAUCUCCACAUCUACGCCCUGGCAGAAGAAUUGGACUACAAUACUCUGAGAUCAGCUGCGCACGCGAAGCUCGUCGAACUAUUGGUCUUCCGUUCUUCCAAUCCCGAAGUUCUCAAGGAGGCCAUCAAGGCUAUCUUCGCCCCGACCGGGAGCGCGGAGCGCAUCUGCGAAGACGAGGAUGGUGCGUUGCGGCAAGUUGUCGUCGCGGCUGUCCUUGCACAAGAGGCUAAGCAUUGGACGGAAGUACAGCUUACAGGUUUUCUCGACAGUAUCCAAGAUCCAGCAUAUGAGGAUUUCCGUAAGACCUAUACUACCGUCAAGGAAGACACUGGGGACCUCAUCAAGCAGGCUGCUAUCGCGAAGCAUUUGGCGGCAGAGCGCAAGAAGGGUCGGGAACGUAGGAAGGCGGCUAACUCUAAGCGUGGCGACGACGGUAGGAACAGGAUCUUUGGGAGCGAUGGCUCGCCCAUGGGCGCCUUAGGUGCACGUCCCAUACCAUCGAAAGCUAAAUUCAAACAAAGGUAUGAAGCGAAGCGUGGUGUUGCUAGGUCUGCAAAGGCGGAUAAAGACGGAGACAUGGAUAUGGAGGUUGACUAG